UUUGCAUAAAGAAUUUUCUAUGAAAUGAUUUAGUUCAGUUAUAGUAAGUGUUUCAUUCGUUUUAAUAUAUCGAGCGCUAAGUUUAUUUAAAAAUGUUUGAUAGUCCCAAUGAACGUACGACUCUAAUAGCAAAAAAUUCAACAAAAGAUUUAGAAGAAAGUGAUGUCGAAGAAACUGAUACAGAUGACCAACAAAGUAAUACCUCCUCCAAUUCAAAUGCUAAUGGAGAUGCACAUAGCGAUUCAGAAGUGGAAGAUUCUACAGACGAGGUUCAUACAUUUAGAUGGAGCCGUUUAAAGUUUUACUUGAUAGAGCCAAUGGUAUUAAUAUUGCUGUUUGCAUAUAAUUUGUCAUCGACAAUUUUAAAAAACCAAAUUAUUUAUCAGACAUGCACAGCUGUAUUUUUAUAUAAUGAUACCGAUUGCAAACUGCUUUCAACCAAAAAUGCAAGUGAACAUACAAAGCAAAUUGAAACAAUUGUUCAACCAUACGCAGCACGAAUAUUUAUGACAACAACUGUCAUAGAAUGUAUUGUGCCAGCUUUAUGUGGUUCUUUCAUAGGAUCAUGGUCCGAUCGUUUUGGUCGAAAACCUUUACUGGUAACUGCAUUCACAGGGUAUACUCUGUAUUAUGCGGUAAUAGCAAUUGUUUGUUAUAUAUCAACAAUGUCGUUACUUAGCCCUUGGUAUUAUCUAUUAGCAGUUUUGCCGCAUUCAAUUUUAGGAGGCAGUGUAACUUACAAUGUGGCGGCAAUUUGUUUCAUUUCUGACGUUUCCACAGCGGAAGAAAGGCCCUAUCGUAUGACAAUAUAUGAAGCUGCUAUAUAUAUUGGAUUAAUGUUGGGCUCUUUUACUGCCGGAUUUUUAUACGAAGCGACUAAUUCAACUAUUGUUUUUACAGUAUCGGCUAGCUCCAUUGCUUUUGCUACUGUAAUUCUCUUAAUCUUUAUACCAGAGAGUUUAAACUUGCGCCAAGCACAGCCUAUAGUUGAAAGGACGGAAGAUAAUACAGCUCACGAAUCAAAUACAAACAAACUGUUUGAAUUAAGCCAUUUUAAAGAUAUGUGGACAACAUGUUUUAAAGAAAGACCUUUCAAUAAUCUCGGCAUUAUAUGGUUAACGAUUUGCUGUUUGCAGAUAACAGUAUUUGUAGUGGGAGGUUCGACUACAGUUUUUUAUCUUUUUAUAAGGGAACAGUUUCAUUGGACUGUUAAAGAAUUUACAAUGUAUGAAACCAUCAGUAUUUUAGUACCAAUUUUGGGUAAUCUACUGGGUAUUUGGUUCUUACGAAAAUGUCUACAACUCUCAGUCAUUACAAUUGGCAUAUUAGCAUUUCUAAGUCAAGUCGGCAGUAGCUUCAUGAAAGCAUUUGCCUUAAGCAAUCUACAAAUUUAUUUAGCAAUCGGGUUUGGGGCACUAAAAUCUAUGGCUAAUCCAAUGUGUAGGACGAUACUCGCAUCAGUCGUACCAGCAGAGGAAUUAGGCAAAAUUUUUGCUUUAAACAGUGUUUUGCAGUCUUUAGUACCAUUUGUAGCUUCCCCCAUUUACACAAUUAUUUAUAGCAUCACAUUGGCAACUUUUCCAGGCUUUUUCAAUUUAAUCAGCGCUUUUAUGUUUAUUUUAGCAAUUGCAUUUUUACUGUUAAUUUUGCGUAAACAACAAAGUUUUCCUGCGCAUUACGAAACGAUAUCAACUUAAUUAUUUUAGAUUACUA